GAGGGACGCAGGGCGAGAGAGACAAGGGUGAAAAACAUUGUUCAGCUGGUUGAUGAAAAUGCAAGAAACUGGAAUGGUGUACUUGACAUUCAAUAAUACUGUUUGACGGGAGUGGCUGGACUGGGAUCUAUGCACUUAUCGGGUUGGAUAUAAUGAUGUAUUUCUCAAGCAGAACGAACCUUUUUCGGAUAUAUCUUGUGGCCGUGUCGCUGAAUUACUGCUGGGAAGCGGUGUCUGCACAGCUCUCGUAUUCCGUACCAGAGGAGGUAAACCCGGGGACUUCUGUUGGAAAUAUCGCGAAGGAUCUAAAUUUAAAUGUCCAAGAAUUAGAGUCGCGUAUGUUUCAGAUUGUUAGUGGUUCAAAUAGAAAAUAUUUCGAUGUAAAUCUGAAAACGGGUGUUCUUUAUGUCAAUGAAAGAAUAGACCGGGAAGAGCUUUGUACGAAGGCGACAAAAUGUACCGUCAAUGUAGAGGCCGUGAUCAACAAUCCACUGAAGCUUUACCGUUUAGAGAUCAGUAUAAUAGAUAUAAAUGAUAACGCACCCAUUUUCUCUGAACAAUUGCAGUCACUUGAUAUUGCAGAAAAUACUUUACCAGGAGUGAAAUUUGGACUGAUAGAGGCAUCGGAUUUAGAUGUUGGAAAGAACGGUGUGAAUACAUACAAGCUUAGUAACAAUGACUAUUUUUCUUUAGAAAUUCACAAAGGGGGAGAUAGCGUGUCUGCCGAGUUAGUGCUGAGAAAGUCUUUAGAUCGCGAGCACGACUCUGUUAUAAAACUCACACUGACUGCAGUAGAUGGAGGAAAUCCAUCCAAGUCGGGGACGUCACAAAUUAUUAUAAACGUUUUGGAUACUAACGAUAACCAUCCCGUUUUCAGUAGAUCUUUAUACAAAAUUCAAAUUUUUGAAAACUUACCGACAGGGUCUACAGUGAUCAUUCUGAAUGCAACAGACGCAGAUUAUGGUUUAAACAGUGAAAUCGAAUAUUCAUUAAGAAAAAAAGGUCAGGAUCGAGUUUUAGAUUUAUUUCAAAUUGACUCCAAAACGGGGGCAAUUUUAAUCAAAGGUAAGAUCGACUAUGAAGAAAAUCCUGCGUUUGAGAUUCACGCACAGGCCAGUGACAAAGGCCAGCCUCCGAUGUCUGCUCAUUGUAAAGUGCUGGUAGAAGUGGUGGACCUGAACGACAACGCUCCUGAGAUCACUGUGACGUCACUACUGAACACAGUGAAGGAGGACGCUGAAGUAGGUACUGCUAUAGCACUUGUCUCUGUACUGGACAGAGACGGUGGGAAAAACGGUGUAGUUAAAGCUGUAAUUGCAAAUGAUGUCCCCUUUAAACUAGACACGAAUUACAAAAACUAUUAUUCGUUAGUAGUUAAUGGUCCGAUUGAUAGAGAAACUACGGCCCAGUACAAUGUCACUAUUAUAGCAAGCGAUGAAGGGACUCCACCUCUCUCCAGCACCAGCGUCUUGACUGUUCAUGUUUCUGAUGUCAAUGACAAUCCGCCUCGAUUCUCGGAGCAGCUCGUUAACAUUUAUGUAAAGGAGAACAGUCCAGUAGGAGCAGUUAUUAAAACAGUUACUGCAGCUGAUGCCGAUAUCGAUCAAAAUGGUCAGGUGAGCUAUUCAUUUUUAAACAGUGAUGCUAACUCAUUACCGUUAUCUACAAUGGUGAACAUCAACUCAGAGACUGGAGAUAUAAUCAGCCUGCAGUCUUUUAACUACGAGGGGUUAAAAACGUUUCAGUUUAAAGUUCAGGCCACAGACUCUGGUGUUCCUCCGCUCAGCAGCAACGUGACUGUGAACGUUUUAAUUCUGGAUGAAAAUGACAAUAAUCCAACAAUUCUCGCGCCUUAUUCUGAGCACGGCUCUGUGAACAGUGAGAGCAUCCCCUAUUCUGCUGAAGCGGGAUACUUUGUGGCAAAGAUCAGAGCUGUAGACGCAGACUCUGGAUACAAUGCGCUGCUUUCUUAUCGCCUGUCUGAGCCCAAAGGAAACAACCUUUUCCGGAUCGGAACCAGCACCGGAGAAAUCAGGACUAAGAGGAGAAUGAGUGACAAUGACCUGAAAGCUCACCCCUUGGUGGUGUUGGUUUCUGAUAGUGGAGAACCCUCCCUGUCAGCUACUGUGUCUAUUGAUGUGAUGGUGGUUGAAAGCACAGCUGACAUCCAGACUCCGUUCAGACGUGUGCCCAUAAAGGAGGAGAGCUUCUCUGAUUUAAACCUGUAUCUGCUGAUUGCCAUUGUGUCGGUGUCAGUGAUCUUUCUGCUGAGCCUCAUCAGUUUAAUAGCUGUCAAAUGCCACAGGACAGACAGCAAUUUCAGCAGGUACAGCGCCCCCAUGAUCACCACCCACCCUGACGGGAGCUGGUCUUACUCUAAAGCUACUCAGCAGUAUGACGUGUGUUUCAGCUCAGACACGCUGAAGAGUGACGUAGUGGUUUUCCCCGCACCGUUUCCACCUGUAGAUGCUGAGCUCAUCAGUAUUAAUGGAGGAGACACUUUUACACGGACUCAGACUUUACCCAACAAAGAAAAGGUAAGACGGCAUUAG